AAAAUUCUGCUCCCACAAGUGCUUCCCUUUCGCCCCUCUUGCAGAGUCCUCACUUACAAUGGCCGCCCAAAGCCCCAUAUUCCCCGCAUCUCUCCUGUCCAGCGACGCCGUUGCGGCUCUACCAGAGGGAUUCGCCAUCCGACCUCUGGAAAAGGGAGAUUAUGCCAAGGGAUUUCUUGAGUGUCUUCGCGAUUUGACAUGGAUGGCCAAUGUCACAGAGCAGGAGUUUAGCGAGCGGUACGAUGAUAUGGACACUGGCGGCAAAGGCCCCUACUACUAUCUUGUCAUUGAGCAUGAGGGGCAGAUCGUGGGCACAGGCGCCGUGAUUGUUGAGAAGAAGUUUAUACAAAACCGCACCACUGUUGGCCACAUUGAAGAGAUUUGCGUCUCCAAGGACCAUCAAGGAAAGAGGCUGGGCUUCUACAUGCUCGGCGCCUUGAACUCGGUGGCGAAGAACGUAGGAUGCCGAAAGACGAUUCUAAACUGCAGCCAGCACAACAUCCCCUUUUACGAGAAAUGCGGCUUCACGCUCUGUGGCACGGAAAUGGAGACUGUGUUUGAAGGGGGGAAGGAGAACUAACGGAGUUGUUUCAUCUGCGAGCAACAAAGACCUCAUAAAUUCCCAAGAUAGCUACAGGUAUGAUCACGUCUGCCUCGCCAAUAGAGAAAAUUAUUACCUUAGAUAAUUGAACAAAAUUCUAUUC